CACACACACACACUCACACUCCGAGGAGGAAACUGCAGCACCGUCACACACUUCUUCUGACAGGUUCGGGUCAAAGCAACUUGUGAUGUAGAAAUGAAGAUUCAUGAAAAGAUUGUGACCUAUUUUGAAUCUUGCACUUCUCAAGUGGACAAAGAAGGGUACCUCUUCAAGAAGGGCGAAAGAAAGACUUCCUAUCAGAAGCGCUGGUGCGUGCUGAAGGGGAACCUCCUCUUCUACAAGGACCGGCCGUCUGACCGGGAGGCGGCGGGCGUGAUCGUCCUGGAGGGCUGCAUCGUCCAGCUGUGCGAGUCCGAGGAGCAGUUCGCCUUCUCGCUGGUGUGGAGCGAGCCGGGACUGCGAACCUACAAGUUUUCCGCCGAGGACCAGGCCGGUCAGGAGAGCUGGAUCAAAGCCCUGCUGUCGGCCAACCACGGCUACCUGGCCCUGCUGGUGAUGGACCUGGAGAAGAAGUACAGAGAGGCCUUGGGGGAGUUCUCCAGUGAACCGACCAACCCGUUCAGCAGGCCGACGUUCAGCACGGCCGAGGCGGGGGACUCUGCGGCCCGCCAGAGCCCCCAGUCCGCAAUGCUGCCUUCGUACGGAGCGACCGGGGUCGGAGCGGGACCCGGCCCGAGCUCCAACCUGAUGCUCCUACCCACGCCCGUUUCAUCCAAGGCGGCCAGUAAGAGAUCGCCCAAGCUCUGGCCCAAGAGGAGCGCCAACGUGGUGCCCGUUAACACCCCUGCUCCGCCUCUGGGGGAGUGGGCCGGGGUCUGUUUGGGCACCAAGGAGGAUUUCACUAAGUUGCAUGACGAUUUUGGAAAAGAGGUGAAGGAACUGAUUGUUGAUUGGUCCAAGAGGGGACGACAAGGUGCUGACGUCGUUCAGGAGGAAAACUUAAUCGAUUUUGGGUAAAAAGUGUGAAAUUAAACAAUCUCUGAACUUUAAUUUCAAUACCUGUGGUUGCAUUACAAAGCUGCAGUAUUAUGUAUAUAUUAAUUAGAACUACAACAAUUAUUGUUGAGAUUCUUUUGUGUAUAUUUGUGUUCAAGAGCAUGAUGUUCUUUUUUUUACUUAUGCCAUAAAUGAUUUCAUGCUCUAUUGAGCUCUGUUGCUUGAUCUUUAACAGUAAAGUGAUUUCUCAAAGUAAACUUUUUAAAAACCGUCCGCACGCCAUAUUUUCAAAGACACUGCAAACAAAGACCUGCAACAUUCAUGUCUGAUCACCCAAAUAAAUCCACACCUGUCAGCCAAUUAUAAUUGAGAAUGCUCUGCGGCCAUGGUAUGAAGUGAUAUCGUCGUGUUUUAGGGUUAUACGUCUGCAUGUCUGUACGAUUCUUCUGAACUGGGAUAUCAGGAGCACCAGAGGGAGUUUCCUCAAAUCUGCACUAAAGUCGACAACGGAUGAAUUUAUUAGCAUUGAAAGGUCACUGUGACCUCCAAAACACAUUGUUGGGCAUAUCUCAAGGAUUCACAUGCCAACUAUGACCAUAUCGCACAAAUGUGUGAAAGGAUGCAAGAACAUUUUGGACAGACUGCAACUUCCGCAGUUGGCAGAGACAACCCGGAGAUGUCCGUUCUAGUUUGAGACUGGCUGACGAGGGUGAAUACCUAAAGGAGAUUUUUCCCGAAACCUUGAAGGACAUAUUGCCAUGCCUCUUUACAACAGCCUUGUUUUUAUAUAAACAUGUUGAACACAAUCAGCUGUACAAUAAGUUUGCCAAAUUAUGAUUUUAGACCAUUGAAUAAUGAAUAAACAAGAUUACGAGAUGUUUGAUGCCA